AUGAGGGAAAAACCGUCACCUCCAACAGACGUAACCCUCAUAUCCAACUGUUACGACGCGCUGAACGUGAGCUGGAUGCCAGGAUAUGACGGAGGGUCUGAGCAAUACUUUGAAAUCACGUAUCGAGACAAGGACCGAGAUGACAACUUUACUGCACCGCCGAUCGAAGUCAAGACAUCGAACGUCAACAACCAUCAGAUUGAGGACCUGCAGGAGAGCACAACGUAUGUGGUAAGAGUAAGGGGAGUGAAUGAGCUAGGGCCAGGGGACUACCAGGCUCAAGACGCCGAGGGAACUACAAGAGGGGCUCCUGCUCAUCCGGACUUUCUCACCAUCAAGAAAAGGACGGAUUCCUCGCUAACCCUGUCAUGGAAACCUGGGCGUGUCGAGGACGACCCCUGGGAGGACUACUUCCUGCAGUACAAGGAAAAGGCGUCAGGAACGAGUCUUCCCUUCCUUGCCCCGAUACGUGUGGUGCCACAACUCGCUACUGAGUACGUGAUCGAGGAUCUGGAGCCUGACUCAGCCUACACCAUCAAGCUGUUUGCAAAGAGUGCGAGCAAAACCUCGAAAAGCGUUACCUUGACGGGGGUUACAGAUGCCAAGCCUGACUAAUUAGCGCUCACUGUCCGCCCUACUGACCUGUCAAUUAGCACUGCGAAAGUUUAUGUAACGCAGGCUAACUGAUCCCUUUGCAGAAUACAAAAUUUAUCUCAAAUCUAUCGUUGCUAUAAAUUCGUCUUAACUAUGUCAUCUUUCCAUUAAUUUAAACCUCAAUGCAAAAAUACAAUGGAGUAUAUAGAUUGCUAUUGAAAAAUCAACUACAAUCUGUACCUUAGAAACCGUCCGACUUUUGCAUAUGUUACUCUGCUCAGACAUCAAUGAAAAUUGUAGAAAUAAAAUGG